CUGCUGCCGAUAAAUUAUUUACCGAACCAAACAAGAUGUAACAACUAACAAAAAUUCAUUACGAUUUUCUACUUUUUGAUUUUUAUUAAUUAUUAUUAUUUAUUAUUCGGAUUAACAUAUUAGCUUUCGUUUGCUAAUCGUUUCUCAAGGUUUUCAGACGACGUUCAUGGUUCAUCAUUGAAAUCUACCGACCGACCAUGGACCGAUGGCACUUACUUAACUUUCCGUUGCUUUAUUGAUAUCUCCUUUACUAAAAUAUUCUAAAUUAGGCAACCCUUGCUAGGACGUUGUUUGGCUGGACGAUUACCAUGGACUUUUUCGCGCUAAUAACUAUCGUCGUUACUUUCUAUGUCGCUCUUCUGUUUUUGGACUUCACGUUCAAGUCCUGUUCACACUAUCCAUAUUUGAUGUUAAUGCAAAAGACAGGAUUAAGUGUUGGCCCUUUUCAAUUACGAUGGUACACAACGUCGUUGAAUCGUCUAAUAUUGAAAAUGUCGUUUUGGCAUCCAAAAUUCCAAACCAAUUGGUUCACUUUUGGGUCUUGGAUUACUAUUUGUCUGAUUAUACCAUCUAUAUGUCUGGUUAUUGUAUCUUCUGCCCAAUUGUGUAAAAAAAUAUUCACUGAACCUACUAGUGAACCAUCUAGUAACCAGCAAGAUACAUUUCUUGAACCAAUAGUACCUGGGAUCAAUUUACCAAUUUCAGACUUAGGCUAUUAUGUAUUUGCUCUAAUUUUUUCCACGGUUUUUCACGAACUAGGACAUGCAUUAGCAGCAAUCAGGGAAGACAUGCAUGUGGAAGGUGUUGGUUUAAUGUUCAUUUUGAUUUUACCUGUGGCUUAUGUCCAUUUGGAUGACAUUACUUCCUUGCCAAGUAGCAAACAGCUUCGAGUGAUGUCGGCAGGCGUGUGGCAUAACAUAGUUCAAGCUCUAAUGGCUUAUCUUGUUUUAUGGCUCUUGCCAUAUAUGUUGUUUCCAUUUUUCACAGUUGGGCAUGGUGUCAUGACCACCCAAAUAAAUCAGAGAUCGGGUGUUAAUGGCCAAGGAGGACUAGUAACUGGUGAUAUUAUUACAAAAUUGGGAAACUGUGAUGUGCACGAUUUUAAUUCAUGGAUAGAUUGUUUAAACCGUACUAAGACAAGUGUAGAUUCUGGAUUUUGUUUAUCACCAGAAUUUGUUCAACAUCAUGACGAAACAAAACCAGUGCAUUAUGUAGAUGAAUAUAUAAUAAACUGUUGUGAUCCAAACUCAAAGACCAAUUUGUGUUUCGAGUACAUUGAAUCGCUGUCCAAUCCUCAAGAACUACCAAAUCAUUCCUGCUUAAAUGUUAGAAAAGUUAUAGAAAGGUCAACAUCACCCUGUGAUGCUGAUAAUCAGUGUUCAUCAGCCCAUUGUUAUUACCCCGCAAUUCGUAAGAAUCAUAAACUUGUGGUUAUUAAACGUCAAAAGAAAAACGAAGUCUUAUUUCUUGGACAGCCUACAGAAUUGCAAUACAUAUCUGUUACGCAAUAUGUACCUAAGACUGAUUAUCUAUCAAAUAGUAUACCUGAAUCUAUUGAAAAAUUUUGUAUGUACCUAAUAAUGUUUGCAGGAGGCUUAGCCGUCAUAAACGUAAUACCAUGUUUUUAUUUUGAUGGAGAAAAAAUAUCAAGGGUAUUAGUGAAUACAAUGCUGAAGGAACACGUUGAACAUUUGAGUGUUCGAUUAGCAAUUUCUAUUUGUUUAACAAUUUUUGGUUCUUUAAUAUUGAUUAUUUAUAUGAUAUUAGGGUUUUGGUCUCUGAUAAAAAUUAUAAACUAAAAAUGUAUCAUUUACCUAAAAAUAUAAAUGGUUCCUACUUUCUACUAACGGUUAGAGGGCAACAUUAUGAUUCAUACCAAAUUCCAAAAAUGUAUUUAUUUUUAUUACUUUCCAAAAUACGUUUGUACUGAAGUUGAUAAGACAUGAGUAAUUUUUAUAUUUAUAUUAUGUAACUAUAAACUAAUUCUUAUAGUUGAGUUCUUUUAUAUAAUAAUGUAAUCUUAAGAAAGUGCCUAAUCUAUAUUUCAUAAAGAAUCAAUAUUAUAUGAUACAUAAUAUUAAUGAAAAAUAUUUUUAAUUUAAAUUUCAUAAUUUAUUAUUAUUUAAUUAUUUUAUU